UGUGGCUGAGGAAGAAAACCAGCUGUGGGAUUUGGGGACAAACCCUUGAGAACGGGGUGUUUUCUCUUGCAGAUCCUGAAUUCCCCGAGUGCCGGGAACCACGUCAUUCCUCCGAGAUGCUCCGCUUGAAUUCCAUGGAGGUCCGUCAGCUGCUACACAACAAGUUUGUGGUCAUCUUAGGGGACUCGAUUCAGCGUUCGGUCUACAAGGACCUCAUUCAGUUGCUCCAGAGUGAUUCCUUACUCACUUCGUCCCAAAUGAAGUCUAAGGGGGAAUUCAGUUUUGAAAACGACCUCUUAAUUGAAGGCGGCAUGCUAGACGGCCUACACAACGGAAUCCGUUAUCGGGAAGUGCGCCAAUAUCGCACCCAUUAUCACCUUAUCCGCUUCUACUUCCUGACACGGAUCUACUCGGAAUAUUUUGAAAGCAUCCUGGAUGAUUUCCGGGCUGGCCCUCAGCCAGACGUUUUGAUCCUCAAUUCUUGUGUUUGGGAUGUUUCCAGAUACGGCUCGUCUUCCAUCAUGGAAUACCGCAAGAACUUGGAGAUAGCCUUCAACAAGUUGGAUGCUGAACUCUCAUCUUCCUGCUUGGUCAUCUGGAACAUGACCAUGCCUUUAGGCCCCAGGAUCAAAGGUGGCUUCCUUAUACCAGAGCUACAGCACCUGAGCCGGACGCUCCGCCAGGACAUCAUCGAAGGGAACUUCUACGGGGCCACACUGGCUGCCCUCCAUCUCUUUGACGUGGUGGACCUCCACUUCCACUUCCGCUUCGACGUGGGGAACCGCUUCAAGGACGGCAUCCACUGGAACAACGUGGUCCAUCGCCGGAUCACCAACCUUCUCCUGACCCAUCUGGCCGACGCCUGGGGCGUGGUGAUCCCAGAGAAGAAUCCUUGGGGGGAACAAAAAAAGGCCAUCGGGCUCCUACCUGCCCCCAAGGACAUUAUAGGACACGCCAAAAGUUGCAGAAGGGACAAUGAAGACACCCAACAUGGCUUCCUGGAACGUCCCAGAUCAACAACCGGACAGCUCUACAAAGAACGUCAAGACACCUUUGCUGACCGUUAUAAAGACGCCAGGUGUUACCCAGAAGGCCCCAGUUUCUAUGAUGACUGUUUACUUGUCCCCAACCAACAAGGAGGGUCACCGAUCUCUUUCUCAGGAUUUACCAGCUUUGAGGAGUCCCGAGACCUCUCCUUUUGCCCAGAGGACCUGUUCAGAGAACAAAAAAAGGCCAUCGGGCUCCUACCUGCCCCCAAGGACAUUAUAGGACAGGGCAAAAGUUGCAGAAGGGACAAUGAAGACACCCAUCAUAGCUUCCUGGAACGUCCCAGAUCAACAACCGGACAGCUCUACAAAGAACGUCAAGUCACCUUUGCUGACCGUUAUGAAGACGCCAGGUGUUACCCAGAAGGCCCCAGUUUCUAUGACGACUGUUUACUUGUCCCCAACCAACAAGGGGGGUCACCGAUCUUUUUCUCAGGAUUUACCAGCUUUGAGGAGUCCCGAGACCUCUCCUUUUGCCCAAAGGACCUGUUCAGAGAUGUGGCCCUCGACAACUUUCAUUGCCAUCCGUGGGGCCCCUCAGAACCCUUCCUGCCUUACCCCUCCCACAACCAAGAACACAUCUUCCCCAGGUCCAGGUGGCAUCGACAAGGGACAUACGCGGGCGCUCCCUUUGUCAUGCGGCAAGAGCCCUCGUACAGGAGAGAUGCUUUGCCGUAUCGGAAACGCAAAGUCGCCUUCAAUCACUACUGAAGACCAUCUCCUGCCAGGACGAGGAAAACCAUCUCUUCCAAAUUGUAGGAGAUGAACUGACCACGGAGAUUUUCUCUCCGUUCUGUUUUUCUACGCACCACAAUUGACGUGCCUGCUUGUGUCUGUGAUAAAAGGACGCCAUUUUGUCUCUGGCCUUUAUUGUGAACCUGGCCUUGGAAUGGGACAAUUGGCUGCAGCCGCCUGGCCCCGAACAUUCGACCUUGGCUUCCCCUCCAUCUCAGGUGACCCAUUGCGCCCAUCCCUCCUUGUCUACCCAUUCCGUGUCGCUCCCCAUCGCCGCUUCAUCCCGGACGAUUCACUGCAGGACAAAUUGCCCCUGCCGAUUCUCCACGUGAGCUCCGUGGAAUAGUUCCCGUGACCCAGAUGCAGGGGCCCUACACUGAGGCCUCCAGGAGCUGCAACUUCUGCCACGCUACAAGGACGGAAGGACACUGGUGGGCUUGGUUCACAAGGUGGUGAGAGGCCAGGAAUUGGGUGGAAAGGAUUGGGGGAUCUAUAUAGUGUCAGGAAGACCUCUUGAAGUUCAGGGUUUGGGCCUGGUGCCCAACACCCCCGAUUAUUUAAAAGCUUAUUUCUGAGACAUCAGCUCCGAAGGUGACUCCCUGGAGUUGUGUUCAAUAUUGUUUUCUCUGCCGCACUGCGAGGUUGGGGUCUAGGCCACUCCCACGAGGGAAUCUGGUCAGGAACCCCUUCUUGGCACCCCGAGUUAGAAAAGGAUUCUAACAGCCAAUGUAAGUUUGACUGGUGUGUGUCUGCUUAGGUGUACAUCUAAAGAGACCGACACCCCGAAAUCAUUUCUAGUGGGAAAAGUUAUAAGUUUGUUUGCUGAUUGCGGACUUGGAAGUCCAUUAAGAGUUUUAUGGCACAGUCUUUUGUAAUUUUUGCCUGCAUUUCUUCUGUGUCUUCUUCUUUUUAAAUUAAACCUGUUAUUGUUUACAUUUGAAGGGUUAUCAUAGUCUGUGCCCUUAUUUUCUCUACGGUGGUGUUUCUUAACCUUGACCACUUUAAGAUGGGUGGAUUUCAACUCCCAGAAUCCUGAGAGUUGAAGUCCACCCAUCUUAAAGUGGUGAAGACUGAGAAACCCUGAUUUAUAGCAAACAUGAGCCGUGGUGGCUCAGUGGUUAGAAUGCAGUACUGCAGGCAAACGGCAAUUUGGCAGUUCAAUUCUCACUGGCUGAAGGUUGACUCAGCCUUCCACCCUUCCAAGGUUGGUAAAAUGAGGGCCCGGAUUGUUGGGUGUGUCUAUCAUCUAUCUACCGGUAUCUGUGGUGGCACAGUGGUUAGAAUGCAGCAUUGCAGGCUAACUCUUGCCGAUGGCCAGCAGUUCGAUCCUAACUGGCUCAAAGUUGAUUCAGCCUUCCAUCCUUCCGAGAUCGGUAAAAUGAGGAUCCAGAUUAUUUGGGGCAAGAGGCUGACUCUUAAAUCGCUUAGAGAGUGCUGCAAAACACUGUGAAGUAUUUAUACCGUACUUUUCGGCGUAUAAGAUGCAUUCCCCUGCCCCUGCAUAAAAGAGGGUGGAAAUGUUGUUGUGUCUUAUGCACUGAAUACAGCCAUUUUUGGCCUCCCGAAGCCCCGCCCCUUUCACAAAAACGGGGUGUGCAGAGGGUUUGGGAGGCCUGCAGAGUGCUCCUGGGGGCCGGGGAGGGCAAAAAAAAAUUUUUUUUCUUGCUUACCUCUUCGAAAUCUUGGUGCAACUUAUACACGGGUGCAUCUUAUAGUCCGAAAAAUACGGUAAGUCUAAGCUUAGGGCUAUUGCUAUGCUCUGGCUUGGAGAUACAAUCUGUGGCCUGCAGGGGGCAGAUGUGCUCUCUCUUUUCUAUUGCUUAGAGAUUAAUAACUCUCCAUGUUGAUUUUCAUACCGUGUCAAGGAAAAUACUUGUGUAGCACAGUGGUGGGUUUCAAAUUUUUUUACUAUUGGUUCUGUGGGUGUGGCUUGGUGGGCAUGGCAGGGGAAGGACACUGUAAAAUCUCCAUUCCCACCCAACUCCAGGAGAAGGAUACUGUAAAAUCUUUCUUUUGCCAAAGAAAAUGAGCCAGGUUUUUUUUAAAAAAAUUUCCUGUCCCCCCCACCUCCUCAAAAAAUCUUGUUGUUCCUUGCAGAGUGUAACUCUAGGAGGGCACCAACUCAGGUAUGGUUAGCAUAGAGAUAAAGGGGGGGGAUAUAUUAUAUGGGGGAGGAUU